GUCAACCGCAGCACCGGGGGGUGCUUCCUCCUGCUGGGUUUCUCCGACCGGCCCUCCCUUCAGCCGAUCCUCUUCCUGCUCGUUCUCCUCUGCUACCUCCUGACGCUCGCUGGCAACUCGGCGCUGGUGCUGCUGGCGGUGCGCGACCCGCGCCUGCACUCGCCCAUGUACUACUUCCUGUGCCACCUGGCCGUGGUGGACGCCGGCUUCACCACCAGCGUGGCGCCGCCCUUGCUGGCCGGGCUGCACGGCGCGGCGCUCCGGCUGCCCCGUGGCGGCUGCCUGGCACAGCUGCUCGCGUCGCUGGCGCUGGGCUCGGCCGAGUGCGUGCUGCUGGCGGCUAUGGCGCUGGACCGCGCGGCCGCCGUGUGCCGCCCGCUGCGCUACUCCCGGCUCUGCUCGCCGCGCCUCUGCCGCGCGCUGGCCGCCGCCUCCUGGCUUGGAGGCCUCGCCAACUCCGCCGCGCAGACUGCGCUCCUCGCUGCGCGGCCCCUGUGCGCGCCCCUGCGGCUGGACCACUUCAUCUGCGAGCUGCCGGCGCUGCUCCAGCUGACGUGCGCCGGCGUCCGCGGCGCUCACUCGGUCGAGUCCCAGAUGCUCGCCGCCCGCGUGAUCGUCCUGCUGCUGCCGUCCGCAGUCAUCCUGGCCUCGUACGGCGCGGUGGGCCGGGUAGUGUGGAACAUGCGGUCCCGCGAGGGCCGGAGGAAAGCGGUGGGCACGUGUGGCUCCCACCUAACAGCAGUCUGCUUGUUCUACGGUUCUGCCAGCUACACCUACCUGCAGCCCACGCACAGCUACAACCAGGGCCGAGGCAAGUUCGUCUCUCUCUUCUACACCGUGCUCACACCAGCCCUCAACCCGCUCAUCUAUACUCUAAGGAAUAAAGAAGUGAAGGGAGCAGCGAGGAGGCUUCAGAAAAGUCUGGGAAGGAGGCAGGACAGGCAGUGAGUGGGCCCAAGUGAUGGAAAUACCGUCAGUCAAUUUUUAAAUAUGCAAGAUUUGUUCCAGGGAGUCUAGAG